AUGGGGCACGAUUUAGACUGCGGCUGCCAGUUUGGGAUGACGGAGGAGCUCUGCCAGUACAGGACAGAAGUGGCCAUCGACAAGAGUCCCCGGCUACUCGGAAACCCUGGAGCCCGGAGCACCCAGAUCUGCCGGGACUCUCGCCCCGCACGCCCGCCCACAUCCCGGCGGCGCCAUGCAGUCCAGGGCGGACAAAGCCCGCGCCCCGGGGACCCACAGCGUCGCACGGAGCGGCGCUCUAGAGGGCCCGCCCACGGCGCGCGGGGCAGGGCAGAAACCGAGCAGAGGGCGCCUGGCGGAGGUGCGGGCGCUGAGCCCGCGCACCGGGUGGGCCAAGCAAGAGCGGCGGGCGCAGGGCGGCAGCCCGGCCGGGCCAGCGACAUGCAGCAGGACAACGGCCAGGCUGCGGAAUUCCUUCUCCCACCUCCACAUGGGACAGGCAGCCUGCUACCCGGGAGCUCCGUGAUCCAGACCCACCGCCGGGACCUGGUGUCUCUGCCCACAGGGCACAUUGCGCUGGCCGACCCGGGGCACCUGAAGGAACAGGACUCGGAGGAGCCAAAGAAAAAGAGAGGGGGCUGGCCGAAAGGCAAGAAGAGGAAACCACCCAGGGAUCUUCCUGUUCCCCGUGCUCCUACGACAGGGUACGUGAUCUUCCUGAAUGAGCAGAGGAGCCAGCUGAGGGCCAGGCACCCAGACCUGCCUUUCACGGAAAUCACCAAGAUGCUGGCCACUCAGUGGGCUCAAUUGUCUCAGGAGAAAAAGCAGAGGUAUGUUUAUGAGGCAGAUGAGGACAAGCAGCGCUACAUCCGAGAGCUGCAGGCCUACCAGAGCUCCGAGGCUUACCGAGCCUUCCUGCGGAGGCGGGCGGCGCACAAGGUGCAGGCGUUGUGCGGAACAGAUGCACCAGGAUGUGAAUUUGAGAGCCGGAGCCUUGACUUCUCAGCAAUCGAUGGGGACGAGAGCGAUGACCUGUACUGUCGGACCUGCAGGCAGUUCUUCAGCUCCCAGCACAACAAGAGGGAGCACCUGCUGGGGAAGCAGCACCUUCAGAACCUCACAGGGGAAUUUGAAAAAGAAUCCGCAGAGUGCUUGAAGCAUCUGGAGCCUCUGGAAGGAGACGAAGGUCAGAAUUUGAUCAAAGGGGACUCCGAGGAGGAAGCCGAGGGCCUGGAUCCUCUUCUGCUCGGAGGCCUGAUUCCACAGAAGGGUUUUCCUUCCCUGGACUUGUGUUUCUUGCAAGAGUUCAUCUUCAAACUUCUGAAAAUCAAAGAAUUUGAGCUCAGAUCGCUGAGGAAGACUCUGGAAAGAGCACAAGCAGAGCAGGAGGCCCUGCAGAGGCAGCUGCUGGAGUUCCAGGACCGGCAGCAGAGGCUGGAGAUGGAGCUGGCCGGCCUGAAGACCUACGGGCUCAUCCUGGAGAAGGAGUUUGAGAACCUGAACCUGGCACUCAUGCUGUCCCACUUCGGCCUGCGAGUUGUGGACACGGCAUAGAUGCCCAUCCCUGCCCAGAUGGGACCCCAGGAUGCCACCCGGGUGCGUGGAGGUCGCCUUCCAAAGAAGCCUCUUCCUCGGUGGGGGAAGGAAGGAGAAGCCCUGGGGUUCCUGCGGACGAGACAGCCGGACAGCUCUACGGACCGAGGAGAAAAUAAAUCCUCUCUGUGUGUG